GGGUCAGCAGUAGUAGCCCGGCUGAAAUAUCGCGAUAACUCCGAUACAUAAAACCCGGCGAGACUUGUCUCAGGUCUUCUUCCUGUUAUACAGAUCACCAAAUGGCGGACGACGCCGGUGGUAGAGGAGGUUUUCGCGGAGGUUUCGGCGCAGGUGGCCGCGGCGGUCGGGGCCGUGGACGCGGCAGAGGCCGUGGAAGGGGCCGCGGUGCCCGGGGCGGCAAGUCCGAGGACAAGGAGUGGGUUCCAGUCACCAAGCUGGGCCGCCUGGUCAAGGACAUGAAGAUCAAGUCCCUGGAGGAGAUCUACCUGUACUCUCUGCCCAUCAAGGAGUCUGAGAUCAUCGACUUCUUCCUGGGUUCUGGUCUGAAGGACGAGGUGCUCAAGAUCAUGCCCGUCCAGAAGCAGACCAGGGCCGGUCAGCGCACCAGGUUCAAGGCCUUUGUUGCCAUUGGUGACUACAAUGGCCACGUGGGUCUGGGAGUGAAGUGCUCCAAAGAGGUGGCCACUGCCAUCCGUGGUGCCAUCAUCCUGGCCAAGCUGUCCAUCGUGCCCGUCAGGAGAGGUUACUGGGGUAACAAGAUCGGCAAGCCCCACACCGUGCCCUGCAAGGUGACCGGACGCUGCGGCUCUGUCCUGGUGCGUCUCAUCCCUGCCCCCCGUGGUACUGGCAUCGUGUCCGCCCCUGUGCCCAAGAAGCUGCUCAUGAUGGCCGGUAUUGACGACUGCUACACCUCCGCCAGGGGCUGCACCGCCACCCUCGGCAACUUUGCCAAGGCUACCUUUGACGCCAUCUCAAAGACUUACAGCUACCUGACCCCUGAUCUGUGGAAGGAGACUGUCUUCACAAAGUCUCCUUACCAGGAGUUCACUGACCAUCUGGCCAAGACUCACACCAGGGUGUCUGUGCAGAGAGGACAGGCCGUGCAGGCACCUCCCUCCUAAGCGUUUUAUACCGAGAAUCGUUGAAUAAACGUUCUGAAACACCA